AUGUACAUCCUGUGGCUGUUCUUCGUGGUGUUGGCCUGGAACUGGAACUGCUGGCUGAUCCCUGUGCGCUGGGCCUUCCCCUACCAGACGCCGGGCAACCUCUACUUCUGGCUGCUGAUGGAUUACCUGUGCGACCUCAUCUACUUCCUGGACAUCACCGUGUUCCAGAUGCGCCUGCAGUUUGUCAGGGGCGGGGACAUCAUUACAGACAAAAAGGAGAUGCGCAAUAACUACCUGAAGUCUCCCCGCUUUAAGAUGGACCUGCUGUGCCUGCUGCCCUUGGACUUGCUCUACCUGAAGUUCGGUGUGAACCCCCUCCUGCGGCUGCCCCGCUGUCUGAAGUACAUGGCCUUCUUCGAGUUCAACAACCGCCUGGAAUCCAUCCUCAGCAAAGCCUACGUUUAUAGGGUGAUCAGGACCACCGCCUACCUGCUCUACAGCUUGCACUUGAACUCGUGCCUGUAUUACUGGGCAUCGGCCUAUCAGGGCAUUGGCUCCACCCACUGGGUGUACGAUGGCGUGGGAAACAGUUACAUCCGCUGUUACUACUGGGCUGUGAAGACCCUCAUCACCAUCGGCGGGCUGCCCGACCCCAAGACGCUGUUUGAAAUCGUCUUCCAGCUGCUGAACUAUUUCACGGGCGUCUUCGCUUUCUCCGUGAUGAUCGGACAGAUGAGAGACGUGGUGGGGGCCGCCACGGCCGGGCAGACCUACUACCGCAGCUGCAUGGACAGCACCGUGAAGUACAUGAACUUCUACAAGAUCCCCAGGUCCGUGCAGAACCGCGUCAAGACCUGGUACGAGUACACCUGGCACUCCCAAGGCAUGCUGGAUGAGUCAGACCUGAUGGUGCAGCUUCCAGACAAGAUGCGGCUGGACCUGGCCAUCGACGUGAAUUACGACAUCGUCAGCAAAGUGGCGCUCUUCCAGGGCUGUGACCGGCAGAUGAUCUUUGACAUGCUCAAGCGGCUGCGCUCUGUCGUCUACCUGCCCAAUGACUACGUGUGCAAGAAGGGGGAGAUCGGGCGCGAGAUGUACAUCAUCCAGGCGGGGCAGGUGCAGGUCUUGGGCGGCCCUGACGGGAAGUCAGUGCUGGUGACGCUGAGAGCUGGAUCCGUAUUCGGAGAAAUAAGCCUGCUGGCCGUUGGAGGCGGGAAUCGGCGCACGGCCAACGUGGUGGCCCACGGCUUCACCAACCUCUUCAUUCUGGACAAGAAGGACCUGAAUGAAAUUCUGGUGCAUUAUCCCGAGUCUCAGAAGUUGCUCCGGAAGAAGGCCAG